AUGCUCGCAUCCGUCUCCAGAAACACAGCAGCCAAGUCGCUCAAAUCCCUCGUGCCAAAGGUCGGAGGCACCUCCGCCGUCUCCUCCCACAACCUUGUCGCCCGCCGCUUCAAAUCCGACGAUGCCGGUGAACAGGAGGGGUCUCGCCAUCAUGCCGACUCCUUGUUGAACAUUAUCGCCAACUCCAUCAACUCACAAACGUCAGGAUCGGUUGCAAACGAGCAGUUCAGAAUGGCUCGCGGAAACUUUCACAGAGGAGAUAUUUACAAACCAUCAGACCUGAACGACUCCAAGCCCACCACAUACGCUUCUCCUCCCAAGCCCGUCGAUCAGCUCAAGAUCCUGAAGCUGAACCCAGUCGUCGAGUAUAAGAAUGCCACCCUCCUCUCACACUACAUCACACCCUUGGGACGCCUCAUGUCAAGGGAGCAGACUGGACUUUCGGCCAAGAACCAGCGCCGGGUCACCAAAGCUGUCCGUCGCGCGCGUGCCAUGUGCAUCAUUAGCCCAACAGCCAAGUUGCACUAA